GGGCCGCCCCCCGCCCCCGCCGGCCCCGGGCCGCCGCUCACGGCCAGGCGGCUCUUUGACGAGGUGGUGGCGCCGCGCAUCGAGAGGGACGUGCAGGCGGGUGUCUUCGAGGAGGGCCAGCUGCAUAAGUAUGGCUUCGAGGAGACACAGGAGGGGAAGCUCUUCCAGCUCUUCCCCAAGAACUAUGCGCGCUGA